AUGACAUGCAGACAAUAACAAAAAUUGAGAAAAGGGUUUGAUUUUAGAGAGAGAAUUAUGAAAAGAUGAUAAGCCUUUCUCUCCCUUCCCCCACCUCCCCUUCACUCAAAGUUAAUCGCCACAAUGUCACCUCCCUCCGACCUCCCCGAAGCAUCACCUUCCAAACACUCAAAGACCGUCUCAUCCGCCAAGCAGAUGCCGGCCGCGUUCAGGAAGCAAUCUCUAUUCUUGAUCUCAUGUCCCGCACUAAUCUCACCCCAGACCUCACCACCUACUCCGUGCUCCUCAAGUCCUGCAUCCGUACCCGGAACUUCGAACUGGGUCAACUUGUCCACUCCAAGCUUACCGCCUCGAGGCUCGGGCUUGAUGCUAUUGUGCUCAAUUCGCUCAUUAGUUUGUACUGGAAAUGCGGCGACUGGAGAAAAGCGGAAGAGAUAUUUAGUUCUAUGGGUGAAAUGAGGGACUUGGUUUCGUGGAGUGCGAUGAUUUCGUGUUACGCGCAUAAUGGUUUGAAUAUGGAAGCAAUAUUUCUGUUUUGCGAGAUGCUGGAGUUUGGGGAGUGGCCGAAUGAAUUUUGCUUCUCCGCCGCAAUUCGGGCGUGUUCAAGUCGAGAAUAUGCGAGGAUUGGGUUGGUGAUCUUUGGAUAUUUGAUGAAGACUGGAUUCUUUGAGUCUGAUGUGUGCGUUGGGUGCGCAUUGAUUGAUUUGUUCGUAAAGGGGUUUGGUGAUUUGGAGUCAGCAAACAAAGUGUUCGACAAAAUGCCCGAUAAGAACGCUGUUUCUUGGACUUUGAUGAUUACGAGGCUUGCUCAAAUGGGGUCUCCAAGAGAUGCGAUUGGCUUGUUUAUGGAUAUGGUUGUUUCGGGGUUUGUUCCUGAUCGGUUUACAUUUAGUAGUGGUUUAUCGGCUUGUUCCGAACUGGGAGCACUACGUAUUGGACGGCAGUUGCAUGGUUGGGUUGUCAAGAAUGGUUUAUCUUUGGAUGUCUGUGUGGGAUGUAGUUUGGUGGAUAUGUAUGCGAAAUCUACAGUGGAUGGAUCCAUUGAUGACUCUAGAAAAGUUUUUGAUAGAAUUCCGGAGCAUAAUGUCAUGUCAUGGACUGCGAUUAUCACUGGAUAUGUGCAAAAUGGGGGGCGUGAUGACGAAGCUAUUGCAUUGUAUUGUAGGAUGAUAACAGAGGGUAGAGUUAAACCAAAUCAUUUUACAUUUGCUGGUUUGUUGAAGGCAUGCGGGAAUCUAUUUAAUCCGGCAUUGGGUGAACAAGUAUAUGGACAUGCAUUGAAAUUGGGUCUUGCAACAGUCAAUUGUGUUGGUAAUUCUCUAAUUAGCAUGUAUGCCAAGAGUGAUAGGAUGGAAGAUGCACAGAAAGCCUUUGAAUUCUUAUUUGAUAAGAAUUUGGUUUCUUAUAAUGCAUUAGUCAAUGGUUACACCAGAAAUUUGGAUGCUGAUGAGGCUUUUCAAAUAUUUAAUCAAAUUGAAAAUUUUAGUGUUGGUCUUGAUGCUUUUACAUUUGCUAGUCUCCUGAGUGGAGCUGCGAGUACUGGAGCAGUUGGGAGAGGAGAGCAAAUACAUGCUCGCUUACUGAAAGUAGGAUUUGAGUCUAACCUUUGUGUUUGCAAUGCUUUGAUCUCCAUGUACACUAGGUGCGGUAACAUAGAAGCUGGAUAUCAAGUUUUCAGCGAAAUGGAAGAUCGAAAUGUAAUAUCAUGGACAUCUAUCAUCACAGGUUUUGCUAAACACGGAUUUGCUAAAAGAGCUUUGGAAUUAUUCCAGCAAAUGCUCGAUUGUGGUAUAGAACCCAAUGAGGUUACUUAUAUUGCUGUAUUGUCAGCUUGUAGUCAUGCAGGCCUAAUUGAUGAGGGAUGGAGGCAUUUUGACAUGAUGUACAAAGAGCACGGGAUAAGACCAAGAAUGGAACACUAUGCAUGCAUGGUCGAUAUAUUAGGAAGAGCAGGAUUUUUGGACAAAGCCGUAGAGUUCAUUAAUUCAAUGCCUUUUAUUGCUAAUGCUCUAGUCUGGCGCACGUUGCUAGGUGCCUGUCGUGUUCAUGGUAAUAUGAAACUUGGUAAACAUGUUGCUGAGAUGAUCCUUCAACAGGAUCCAAAUGAUCCAGCAGCACAUGUCUUACUAUCAAACUUGUAUGCUUCUAUGAGCCAGUGGGAAGAUGCAGCGAGAAUUAGAAAAGGCAUGAAAGAUAGGAAUUUGGUGAAGGAAGCAGGUUGUAGCUGGAUAGAAAUUGCAAACAAGGUGCAUAAGUUUUAUGUAGGGGAUACCAAACACCCCGAGGCUAGGGAGAUAUAUGAAGAAUUAGAUCAUUUGGCAAUCAAAAUAAAAGAGAUGGGCUAUGUCCCAGACACGAAUUUUGUACUGCAUGAAGUGGAGGAGGAGCAGAAGGAACAAUAUUUGUUUCAGCAUAGUGAGAAAAUAGCUUUGGCAUACGGUCUUAUAAGCACAUCAAAGCCAAAACCAAUCAGAAUUUUUAAAAAUCUUCGAGUAUGUGGAGAUUGUCAUGCUGCAAUGAAGUACAUAUCAGUGGCAACUGGGAGGGAGAUAGUGUUGAGGGACUCAAAUAGGUUUCACCACAUCAAGGAUGGGAAAUGCACGUGCAAUGAUUAUUGGUGAAUGAUCUAAUUUCAACUGCAACGAGUGAAGGCACAAGUUUCCCUAUGGUUUAUGCACUUUGUCGUUGCCCUAUAUAGGUGGCUGAAUCACUUGGCCACAUAGUUCUUGGGUGGCGUCUUGUCCCCACAGAUAACUCAGGAUUGGGCAAGUUUGCGCUGCAGCCCAAGCCUGUGAUUGAGCAAGUUUUUCUUACUGCCACUCCCAGGUCAAAGGCUGAUUUUGAACAACAGGUUUCAAUGGUAGCUAUUCGAGCUGCUUUGAACCUUCAACAUGGAGGAGCGAGAGACUUCUGCAUAUGUUCUCUAUCCUCGAGGACUGUCGUCUACAAAGUUGGAAAGCUGCUGCCAAGUUCGGUAAAGAUCCGAGGUCGUACCAAGUGUUGACAAAACGCUUUAUAGGAUAUGAGAACGGAGUGGUGAAAGGACCUGAGGUUAUGAGCAUCAAUUGGGAGAAGGAUGCAAGUGGAAGAUUUCAAUUUAAGGAAGUUGAUGGUUUAGAGGAGAUUAUUGAAGCUGAUCUGGUGUUGCUGGCCAUGGGAUUCCUUGGCCUUGAAGAGACGCUUGCUGACAAACUGGGAUUGGAACGAGACAACUGAUCAAACUUCAAAGCUGAAUAUGGCCGCUUCUCAACCAAUGUCGAAGGGGUCUUUGCAGCUGAGGAUUGUCGAAUAUGGACAAUCUCAACCAAUUGAAGGCAGACAAGCAGCUAUCCAAGUUGACAAAUAUCUCAGUGAUGCGGAAGGAGAUGAAGAAUUUGUAAAGAGGCAACAAGACAGCAAUAGACAAGUAAUGACAUAGUUGCCUUCGGGUUCUCUUCGGUCCCUACAGGGUUCGAACUAGGAACCUCAAUUCUCUUGUUCAAAGGCUCUUUUCUGGAACAAUCUCAUUCGGACAACGAAGAUUGUAAGCUGCAUGCCUAAGAAACAAUAGGAGGCUGGUAGAAUCAAUAAUGGGGUUUAUCAGGGUGGACCUUAGGGUUUAUUAUUAUGGUAGUUUGUGUCUCUCUGUGUAAGUUGUUAAUCUUUAGUGUAAUGUUUGCUAUUGGAUUCAAGAAUUUGGAUGGUGGAAUUUUAAAUUUAUUGCACCUAUUUGUAUAA